CCCAACUUAUCAUUCCCUUUCACACCUCCAAAGACCCACCAGUCCUGCGAAUGCGCUGCAACGACAACGUCAGUCGAUAAAAGGCAGACAUCACAUUGCAUGUCCACGAUUCCUCCCUAACCAUCUGCAUUGCAACAGUAUCCGCUUGGUCCAAAGCGGUCGCCCACCCGCUGUAGAGGUCCCAUGCCUGCAGAUAUAUUCCCUCGAUAGCGCCCACAACCACCCAAUACACACCCUACCACGAUCGUUUGACACACCGAACUGUCCUGAAUAUCGUUAUAACGCUGCAGUCAGAGCCAUAGUGGCAGCAGCGCUGGGUGCAGCAGCGGAGGUGCCAUGGUCGACUUUAUACCCCCAGCCGGACUGCCAACAGGCGCCACGAUGACCACCUUUCGGGUCGCUGCGGACGCUGGAAUAUCUGAUGGAGGCCUUGGAGCACCCAAAUCAAAAAUGGGCGGCGUUGCGACGCCUGCUGUGAAUGGUGCACCGUUGACUGGCGUGGGCAUGAUUCCUUUGAGCGCGCGCAAGGCCCAGCCGUUGGAUCUCGCAACCGUCGAGCGCAGAGGGCAUGGCGCACCGAACAACCAGCCACCGAAGCCCAAUCGCAUGUUUGGUCUGCAGGAAGCCCCGACAUAUCGACCAACAGCCGAGCAGUUCAAAGAUCCUGUUCAAUAUAUCCAGAGCAUUCGAGAAGAGGCGCAGAAGUACGGCAUAGUCAAGGUGGUUCCGCCAGAUAGCUGGAAUCCAUCCUUCGCCAUCGACACCGAGCGCUUCCACUUCCGCACACGACGACAGGAGUUGAACUCUGUUGAGGGCGGCACACGUGCCAACCUAAAUUAUCUAGACCAGCUCGCCAAAUUCCACAAGCAGCAUGGCCACAGUCUCACGCGCUUUCCCAGCGUCGAUAAGCGACCGCUGGAUCUCUAUAAACUCAAAAAGGCCGUCGAGACCAGGGGCGGCUUCGAGCGCGUCUGCAAGCAGAAAAAGUGGGCUGAGAUCGGGCGCGACCUUGGCUACAGCGGCAAGAUAAUGUCUUCGCUGUCUACAUCUCUCAAGAACUCCUACCAGAAAUGGCUUCACCCUUACGAAGAGUAUCUGCGCGUCGUGAAGCCCGGUGUGCAACAAAUGCUAGAAUUCGAGCAUGGUGGUCCCUUCACGCCGUCCCCGGCCCCUUCGCCUAUGAAGAAAUCGGUACAGGGCACGCCUACCGCGAACAACUCUGAUUCUCCAGCUAUGAGGGCUACAGUAGCCUUGAAUGCGACACUGCAUGGUGAUUCUGCGCUUCCUCCACCUGCGGACCUGCCCCGGCCUGCAAUGCCAUCAGGCUUCACACCAGUCAACUCCGGAGGAUUCACGCCCGUCAACGCGCACCCACUCCAAGCCCCUCCAGCGCAACCAUCGACGCCAGCUUCGUUUGCUGCAGUCAAUGCACCAAACGGCAUACCUCGAGAGCACGUAGAUUCGCGCACUUCUACACCCUUGCGGAAUGGCGGCAGUCCCGUGCUAUCAGCUCACAACACCCCAGAUCUACGUCCAACACAAGUCGGCUUGACCCCAUUAUCGAAUGGACUGCCUUUCAAUCAACUGAAGCGAACAAUGUCCCAAGACGCAGAGAGUAGCAUAAAUGACGAUACAGAUGAGGCAAAUGGCCGGCGUAGCAAGCGACUAAAGAAAGAUGGGGCGCCCACCGUUGCUGGUUCGCACAUGACCCAGCCUCGUCAGUCUACACCAGGUCGAGCUGGCCCCCGCGUUCGUUCAGCUGAUGAUCGCCCUGGCGAUCGAUGCGAGACGUGUGGCACCGACAACGACCCGUCGAACAUCUUGCUCUGCGAUAGCUGCGAUGCUGGCUACCAUGGUUACUGCCUUGAUCCGCCAAUCAAAGGCAUUCCUGCAUAUGACUGGCAUUGCGCGCGAUGUCUCGUUGGGACCGGCGAGUUUGGUUUCGAGGAGGGUGGUGUCUAUUCGCUCAAGCAAUUUCAGGAAAGGGCCCACAGCUUCAAGCAGAGUCACUUCGCGAACAAGAUGCCGUUUGACCCCAUCACCAACGCACCGAAGCCGGUGACAGAAGACGAUGUUGAACACGAAUUCUGGCAUUCGGUCGGCAACCUCACAGAGACUGUGGAAGUAGAGUAUGGAGCAGACGUUCAUUCUACAACCCAUGGAAGCGGCUUCCCUACCAUCGAACGAAAUCCACGAGACCCAUAUGCUACGGACCCUUGGAAUCUGAACAUUCUGCCAUAUGCCCCAGACUCGCUCUUCCGCCACAUCAAGUCCGACAUCUCAGGAAUGACAGUGCCUUGGCUAUACGUUGGCAUGGUAUUCUCGACCUUUUGUUGGCAUGCUGAAGAUCAUUAUACAUACUCAGCGAACUACCAGCACUUCGGCGCGACAAAGACUUGGUAUGGUAUACCAGCUGAAGACGUGGAGAAGUUCGAGCAAGCUAUGCGCGAGGCAGUACCUGAGUUGUUCGAGUCUCAACCAGAUCUUCUAUUCCAGCUUGUCACACUGUUGACUCCUGAGCAACUCAAGAAGGCUGGAGUAAGGGUGUUUGCCCUUGAUCAGCGUGCUGGGGAGUUCGUCAUUACGUUCCCCCAAGCUUACCAUGCCGGUUUCAAUCAUGGUUUCAACUUUAAUGAGGCUGUAAACUUCGCACCAAGCGACUGGGAACCUUUCGGAGAGCAUGGGGUUCAACGUCUUCAGGAUUAUCGACGGCAGCCAUGCUUUUCCCAUGAUGAAUUGCUUCUGGCUGCCGCCUCGCGCAAGGACACUACGAUUAAAAUAGCAAAGUGGCUUGGUCCGGCGCUAGAGCGCAUGCGCGACAGGGAGUCAAUCAUACGCGCAGAGUUUCUGGAGAAGCACAGAACCGCUAAAGAACACGCUUGCAAGAUUGAUGGCAAUGGCGACAUCCAGGAUACCCAGUCACCGUGCGAAAUCGAAUUCAUCAUCGACGAUACGGAUGUUCACGAGGAUGAACUCAUUUGCACAUUCUGCAAAUCCUACAGCUACCUGUCUCGCUUCUACUGCCGUAACACCAAGAAAGUGUUGUGCUUGAAACAUGCCGGGUGGUACGAAUGCUGCCCAGAGAGCUUGGAGGCAGAUCGUUAUUCAGGAUCACAAGGCCAACACGUGCUCGUAUAUCGGCUGACAGAUGAAGCUCUCACUACGACUGUGCAGAAGAUUGUGGACAAAGCAAGCAUGCCCGAGGCUUGGGAAUCCAAAAUGGAGACUCUUCUUGCCGAAGGUCCCCAGCCUCAACUCAAGUCCUUGCGUUCCCUCCUCAACGAGGGCGAGAAAAUCGAUUGGGAAUUACCUGGACUACCUGAUUUGAGGGAUUUUGUAGAGAAGUGCCAAGAAGUUGCCGAUGAUGCUGUCCUCUAUACCACCAGGAAACAGCAAAACCGCCGCAAGAACGAGCGAGCUUGGAGAGGACGCCCCAGCAAGGCAGCAUUAGCUGAAGCAGAUGAGAGAGAGCGCGAGUACAGGCGUGUGGACAACGUGCAGAAGUUGCUCAAACAGGCAAAAGAUCUGGGAUUCGAUAGCCCGGAAAUAACGACGCUUCGCGAACGCGCUGAAAGCAUCGCUGAAUUCCAGGAGAGGGCGCGAAGUGCCUUACGCGACCGACCGGCUCAGCAGAGCAUCGCACGACUGGAUGAACUUCUCGAAGAAGGGAAAGGUUUCAAUGUUGACCUACCAGAGCUCGAGUCCCUUGAGAAGGUCGUACAACAGUUGAAGUGGCUCCGAGAAGCCGAUGAUUACAAGUUCAAGCUAGCUACUACGCUUCAAGAAGUCAGCGAGCUCAUCGCACGGGGUGUCGAGGUGGGUAUUCCAGAAAACCACCCUGAGAUCCAGUUCCUCCAGAGCAAGAAAGACCAAGGUGAGUUUUGGGAAACCAAGGCCAAGGAACUCAUGGCGGUGGAAAAUGUGCACUAUCAGCAGUUGGACGCGUUGUCCAAGCAAGCUGCCACCUUGCCCGUUACUCCCGAGACUCGUGCUGCCGUGGAUGCUAUCCUGAAAAAGCAACGAGACGCGCAAGAGCAGAUCAUGUCGCUGUACGAGCGAAGUAAGCACCUAGAUUUCUUACAGCGGCCAAAGUACAUGGAAGUACGCAAUGCAAUGGAGGCACUAAAUGCGCUCAACAGCAAGCCAGCGGGUACGAUUGAUCUCGAGAAAGAGCAGAAGCGACAUGAAGACUGGAUGCGCCGCGGUAAGAAGCUGUUCGGCAAGGCAAAUGCACCGCUUCAUAUCCUGCAUGCGCACAUGAAACAGGUCGACGAACGAAAUCGGUCGUGCUUUGACCUGUCCGACCAGCCCCGGAUGCCUGUGGAACCCGCUUCGCGCGAACAAAGCCCAGCAGAGGGAGAAGAGGUAGAUGGGUCAGGAUCCAGCCGAGACGUCUUCUGCAUCUGCCGCAAGCCUGAGGCUGGCAUGAUGAUUGAGUGUGAGCUUUGUCAUGAAUGGUAUCACGGCAAGUGCCUGAAGAUCGCGCGUGGCAAGGUCAAAGAGGAUGAUAAAUAUACCUGCCCAAUCUGUGAUUACCGCGUCAAGAUCCCUCGCGAUGCUACCCGGCCGAAGCUGGAAGACCUCCAACUCUGGCAAGAUGAGAUUGCCGGGCUGCCGUUCCAGCCCGAAGAGGAAGAGACGUUGGAAUCUCUCAUUGAGCAGGGCCUGAGGUUCCGCGAAUACGUGGCGCAAUACAUCAACCCGUUGAUGUCCAGCCCAGACGAACUCACUACACAGCGCUUCUAUCUACGCAAGCUCGAGGGCGCCGAAAUCCUUCUUUCGAAUGAGAUUAACUUCUUCCGCCAGGAGCUGCAUAAGUGGGCUCCAGUAGCCCCGGCGCCACCACCAAUCCUGCAGGUGUCUCUUUCCACGCGAAAACCACGACCAACGAAACAGCAAAAGCUCAUGAAUCAAUUGGGUAUCACAAACCCAGACGACUUGCCAGAGCACCUGAAGACCAAGACACAUCAGUUUAAGCGGGCUCCGGACCCGACAAAACCACAGAGCUUGCAGCCGGCCCCCGAACAAUCACAUACACCCCCGGGCGAACCUCGUCGCGGCUUUGGUGAGAACGACUAUUUCAAUACAGCGCCGACGACUACAUAUAACAACUCGCCCACUUUCGCUACCAACGCUCCACUCCAUUUUGGCGGUGGCCCUUCUAUCGCACCUAUUGACCCAGGACUCUUUGAGAGCUCUGGGCUGGCGCCGACCAGCCCCAUGCAAGAUCCAUUCAAGAGCUCAGGUAGUGGCCACGAGAUGUUUGGUGAGGCUAUGGAGAUGGGCGGGGGCCAAGCAGAGGAAGCGCUGGCUGUCACGGAAAGCAAUAGCUAUAUGGAUUAGAUGUCCGACGGAUAUACCCCACGAGACGCUCCAUUACUCGACACGAAUCUAUUCACUUCUCCAGCAUCUUAGGGUGGCGUUUUGGGACUCAUCGGCACUCCCACCAUGAUCAUUAUACACCAUGGCUCUACACCAGUAGACCUUCGUGCGGCCAUUUACUUUCUACUUGUCUUUUCUGCAUGUGCACCUGUUACUCAGUGUGUUUUUACGAUGGUGUAUGGAGGUGUUACAACCGCUUUUGCGGCUGGUGUAGGAUCCUAAUGUACGUGGUGCUGUGGAGCUGCAUCGAUACAGGUGUUUAUGGGGUGCAUAGUUGGGGUUAUGGAAACUUACCUACCCGGAACAGGCGGGGGUGCGAUAUUAUCUUAUAUUCCGAUAGUGCAAUGAAUGAUUACUUCAGU